CGUGGCGUUCGGGGGCGGGGCAUGCAGGUGGACACGGAAGCCGAAAGGGGUUAGGCCGCUCAGUGGCUCCAGAGGCGGGGAGGAAGGAGCAAGAUGGUUUACAUCUCGAAUGGACAAGUGCUGGACAGCCGGAGCCAGUCCCCGUGGAGAUUAUCUUUGAUAACAGAUUUCUUCUGGGGAAUAGCUGAAUUCGUCAUUUUGUUUUUCAAAACUCUGCUUCAACAAGAUGUGAAAAAGAAAAGAGGCUACGGAAGCUCAUCUGAUUCCAGAUAUGAUGAUGGAAGAGGGCCCCCAGGAAACCCCCCCAGAAGAAUGGGUCGAAUUAAUCAUCUGCAUGGUCCCAGUCCUCCAAUGGCUGGUGGAUGAGGAAGGUAA